AUGAUCAUGCCACGAAGUGUCGUCCGUACUUUUCUCAUAGCUUCUUUACUCUUAGGUCUGGUACUCUUACUCAACAUCACUAAAACUUCGAUAGAUGAUGGAACGUGGGAUGCAUCAUCCUAUGGUGAUAGAAGAUUACCGUUACCCAUGUCCUUUGGGGAAGUUCGUAGAAGAGUAGGAUCAUGGACAAACUUAGGACCGAAUGAACAAAGACCAAUCAGUGGUGGUGGUAAAUCACCAGUCCACAAAGAAGAAGAAGAGCAAGUAGAUACAUGGUCAAAUCCUAUUGUUGAUUCUACACGUUGGAGAAAUACACCAAGACCUCCUUCAGCUCCAUGGAACACAAAUUUGACUUCACGAAUACCUCAUCAAGGACAUUCCAGAGUGAUCAGACUCGAUACAGAUCCGGAAGAAUAUGAUCUAGGUGAUUUACCUACUUUGGAAGAAGCGUUUGCGAAUCUAUCACCGAAAAUGAUAGAAGUUAAAGAAAAAAUACCGGCUAUACCAAGAGAACACGAAUUAACUCAACCUAUCUUCCCUCCUUUUUUAACGACAGAACAAGAAGAUCGUUUUUGGCAUUUGAGAGAAGAAUGGGACGAAGAGAAAAACCAAUGGGUUAAAAGUGGGAAAAGAAGAUAUUUGAUGGUUACUAUUUGUAGACAAGUCGCAGGUAUGUUGGCAGAUUGGUUUGCAGCUUGGACGGUUUUGGCGGAUUUCUUAGGUCCAGAAACUUUAGUAUUUUCUUUAUUAGAAGGUGAUUCUGCGGAUGGAAGCGGCGAAAUCCUUUCUCAAGUCAUGCGUUCUCAUCUACUCUUCAUAGGAGUACCACCAGAAAACAUUCAUAUCCGUACUCAUCUCCCACCUAUCGAUUGGGAAAAUAAUCAUCGUAUUCAACUUCUAGCAGAGAUGCGCAAUGCGGGUAUGAAACCCCUUUACGAUUCUCUACCUUCCGGUUUAACACCAGAUGGUAAUCCAUGGACAGCUGUCAUUUUUUAUAAUGACGUUUAUCUCAGUGCGGCACAUUUUUUGGAAUUGUUACAUCAACAUUUCAAACAGGAUGCUGAUGUGACUUGUGGUUGGGAUCAUGCUGGGAGAUGGUUUUAUGAUGGUUGGGUAGGUAGAGAUAUGAGUGGGGAUUUGUAUACACCUUUUCCUGUGAAAGAGGAGGAUAAGGAUUUACCUCAGAAACUCUUCCUAUCAUCUCCCGAAACCAAAACAAGAUUCGACCUUCUCCUUCCAUUCCAAGUAUUCUCAGGUUGGAACGGAAUAGCAGUCUUAAAUCCUACACCUUUCCUACCCCCAUACAACGUUCGAUUCCGUAGAGGAAAACCAAAAUCAAUGUUUUCAAACGAAUUAGAAUGUCAAUGGUCUGAAUCUGCUUUCAUCUCUUGGGAUUUCUGGAAAUACGGUUUCGGAAGAGUUCAAGUCGUUCCUGGUGUUCAUGCUUGUUAUGGGAAAGAAGAUGCUAUGAUGAGAGGUUGGUUGGAAUGGCCAAAUCCUACUAAACAACAUCCUGAAGAGAUUGAUUGGGAUGAUGAACCUCCAAAGAAGAUUCGAUGUCACGAUUGGCCAGAUAAGAACGGUAAAGGUUAUUGGGCUUGGGAUACAGUAAGAUGGACCGAUUCACCUAAACCCGAACGACCCCAAGGGUGA